AAACUAUUUGACUGAAUGAAAGGACAUAACUUAGGUGUGCUUGAUCUUCUGUGUUUCUUUCAAACCAUUUAUGUCAUCCCUCCUACCUAUUUAAACUACUAUAUAUUAUUUUCCUCCCACCACAAACCUCUUGGUUUUCCUUCCCUCUAAAGAACUUUUCACAUCUUCUCUCCUCCAACAAAAUUCUAUCUUUAUUUCUCUUUUAUACAUUUCUCUGAGUUCUGAAGUUUUCUUGAAGCACUCAAAAACACACUUGUGAGGUCAGAAUCUAGUGUCCACUUUGAUCUUGCUAAGCGGGAAAAUCCACAACUUGGUAUUUGUGUAGUAGAGCUUCUUUCACUAGCUAUUAGAUUCCCUUCUUCUGUGUUCUACUGCAAACAGCUUGUGCUCACUGCUUAGUAACACAUGAUUUAGAGAAUAAGAAACUGAGAGCCAUGAAGUUCAUGAAAUUGGGAUCUCGUCCUGAUACUUUCUACACUGCAGAGGCAAUAAGGUCAGUGUCUUCUGAAGUUUGCAGUGACCUUAUAAUUCAAGUGAGGGGAACUAGAUAUCUUCUUCACAAGUUUCCCCUGCUAUCAAAAUGUCUGCGCCUGCAAAAGCUAUGCUCAGAAUCUCCUGAUUCUUCUCCACACCAAAUAGUCCAGCUACCUGAUUUCCCUGGAGGGAUUGAAGCAUUUGAGCUUUGUGCCAAGUUCUGCUAUGGAAUCACCAUCACUCUAAGCCCUUACAACAUUGUAGCUGCAAGGUGUUCUGCUGAGUAUCUGCAAAUGACCGAGGAGGUAGAGAAGGGGAACUUGAUUCAAAAGCUUGAUGUUUUCUUCAAUUCAUGCAUCCUCCGUGGCUGGAAGGAUUCUAUAGUGAGUCUUCAAACCACAAAAGCAUUGCAUUUGUGGUCUGAAGACUUAGAAAUUACAAGCAGAUGCAUUGAGGCUAUUGCCUCAAAAGUUUUAAGCCACCCCACAAAGGUGAGUUUGUCUCAUUCUCACUCCAGAAGGGUGAGGGAUGAUGUUUCAUCUUGCAAUGAGACUGAAAGUGUGAGACACAAAUCAAACAAAGGAUGGUGGGGUGAAGAUUUAGCAGAAUUGAGCAUAGACCUUUAUUGGAGAACCAUGAUAGCAAUCAAAUCUGGUGGUAAAGUUCCCUCAAAUCUCAUUGGAGAUGCAUUGAAAAUCUAUGCAUCUAGAUGGCUACCAAAUAUUACCAAGAAUGGACAUGUUAAUAGAAAGCAAGUAGCUUCUGAUAAUUCUGACUUAGACUCAGCCAGUGAGAUAACCUCAAAGCAUCGUUUGCUUCUGGAAUCAAUAGUGAGCUUGCUUCCUGCAGAAAAAGGUGCUGUUUCUUGUAGCUUUCUUCUGAAGCUCUUGAAGGCAUCCAAUAUUCUCAAUGCUUCUUCAUCUUCAAAGAUGGAGUUAGCAACAAGAGUAGGGCUUCAACUUGAGGAAGCAACCGGGAAUGAUCUUUUGAUACCCUCACUGUCUUACACAAAUGACACACUGUAUGAUGUUGAAUUGGUGAUGACCAUAUUGGAACAGUUCAUGGCACGAGGGCAGAGUCCCCCAACUAGUCCUCCAAGGUCUCUGAUGACCUUUGAAAGAAGGAGGUCUCGUUCAGCAGAGAAUAUUAACUUUGAAUUUCAGGAGAGUAGGAGAUCCUCUUCAGCUUCUCACAGUUCAAAAUUGAAGGUGGCAAAGCUUGUGGACAGGUAUCUUCAAGAAAUUGCAAGAGAUGUAACUUUUUCCUUGUCCAAGUUCAUUUCUCUUGCUGAAAUUAUACCAGAUUUUGCAAGACAAGACCAUGAUGAUCUCUACAGAGCUAUUGACAUUUAUCUCAAGGCUCAUCCAGAACUCAACAAGAGUGAAAGGAAAAGACUAUGUAGAAUACUUGACUGCAAAAAACUGUCAAUGGAAGCUUGUAUGCAUGCAGCACAAAAUGAGUUACUCCCUCUAAGGGUUGUUGUGCAAGUUCUCUUCUUUGAGCAAGCUAGAGCAGCAGCAACUAAUGGUGACAAAGUGUCUGAUUUACCAAGCAACAUCAAGACAUUGCUUACAGCACAUGGAAUUGACCCAUCAAAACACACAGCACCCUUAAGCACUACCACAAGCAUAAAUGCUGAGGAUAAUUGGAGUGUUUCUGGCUUCAAGUCACCAAAGUCAAGGUCUUCAACUCUGAGGAUGAAGUUAGCUGAGGAUCAUGAUGAUUUAGAUGAAAAUGGUUUAGCCAAUGAUGUGAUUGGAAGAAAUUCAAGAUUUAGAGGAAUCUGUGCUCUUCCUACACAACCCAAAAAAAUGUUUAGCAAGUUGUGGUCUGCAAAUAGAGCAGCAGCCACUGAAAAGAAUUGAGUGAAUUCUGUUAAUUUAAGUUCUAUUAUGGUAAGGGUAAUUUAGAGGGUAACCUAUUUUUGUUUGUGCAAAAUGCCAUGUAACUUGUAGGAAAAUCCAAGAAUCUAAAUGUAUGUGCAAUGUUGAUGUAACCUGUGAUAAUAAGAUAUGAUUUUCUGAACA